UAUGUCAAAAGAUUGGCCUCAGGAAACGACACCGUAUAGUAGAAACGGCGACGUGUGUCUUCGUCGUCUUCAAGACUUCAAGUUUGACUGGUUAAUCGGUAAACCGAGGCUGAUUGUGCGACGGUGACGGCAAAUCCAGUGAAAGGAAUUUGCGACAAGUUGUUUUUUGUUUUUUCUCGCUGUCUACAAUGGCGAUGACUUAAUCGGUUUUUGGCUCACAAGGUGUUUGUUGAAAUGCUUCAACGGAAGCUUUCAUCAUUUUAGUCUGGGAAAGAAGCUAUAGAGAGAGACAUGUCAAGGUUUCGAUCAUUGUUGCAAGCCUCUGUAAAUGCGACAAAGAAGGCUCUUACGUGGAACGUUGAAGAAUGGGUACCACCUGCAGAGAAGCAUAUAUUUAAGUUUCACUCUAAAGAAGACUUGAAGAAAUGGCAUCUCUAUUCCGAUUCUGAAUAUGGAGGAUUAUCUUCUGCUUCCUUGGAGAUCCCAGAUAAAGGAGAUGGAUCAGAUUGCACCGGGAUUUUCUCGGGGAACCUAUCCGUUGACCUUAGCGAAGGAUCAAAAUGGAACAUCAGUCGGAGUGGUUUCUGUGGAAUGCGCUCAAAGAAGUUUGAUGGCUUCAUUGAUCUCGAUGGGUAUGAUGCAAUAGCCCUCAGGCUCAGAGGAGAUGGAAGAUGUUAUAUCUCUACUAUCUAUACCGAAAACUGGGUGAACUCACCGGGGCAAGCAGAAGAUAACUCGUGGCAAGCUUUUGUUUUUGCUCCAAAGGACAAUUGGUAUAUUGCUAAGAUCCCUCUAUCUCGAUACUUGCCAACAUGGAGAGGAAAUGUUAUAGAUGUGGAAAUGGAGAUGAAUCCAGGUCGCGUUCUAGGUAUGUCACUGUCAGUAAACGCAGAAGGUGGUGCGGUUGGAGCUAAAUCUGGAGCAGGUGAUUUCCGAGUAGAAAUCGACUGGAUCAAAGCGUUGAGAUUGCCAUGAGUUGAACAUUGUAGCAAUGCAUGGUGUUUUUUAUUGUUCUUGGUUUUAGCUUGUAAAAACCAGGCCUGAGUUGAUACUUGAUGGCCAGAGCAUAGUUGAUUGUGUAGCGGCAAAGUUGGUUAUCACUUUGAGCCAUGUUUUUUUUACCAAGUCAUAAAAUAAAAGAAUUGACGCAUAUUAAAGA